AUGACUCAAGAUAAUAUAUUUUUAACUGAUCCUGAUGACAAUAAGCCUUCUAAUUGUGAAAUUGGUAUAACAUCAUUUGCAAAGCAGAUAGUUAUUGAGACGUGCAGAGCUAUAGUACAUCGAUUAAUGCCUGAAGCCAUGCCAACUCCAACUGAAGAUCGGUGGGAACAAAUAGCUCAAGAUUUUUGGAUGUUAUUGAAUUUCUCAAAUUGCUUAGGUGCGAUUGAUGGGAAGCAUGUCACUAUUCAAGCUCCUCCAAACAGUGGUUCUAAUUACUUUAAUUAUAAAAAAACCUUUUCAAUUGUUUUAUUUGCUUUGGUUGACGCACAUAAUAAUUUCAUAGCAGUUGAUGUAGGCUCAUAUGGCAAAAAUAGUGAUGGAGGCAUAUUAUCUCACUCAAAUUUAGGAAAAGCCUUAGAAAACAACUUACUUAACAUUCCAGAAUCUAAAACGCUUCCAGGAACUAACACCAAAGCCCCGUUUGUUAUAGUUGGAGAUGAAGCGUUCCCUCUAAAUACCUAUUUAUUAAUACCGUACCCUGGAAAACAAUUAGAUGACUUUGAUAAAAAAAUUUACGGUUAUCGUUUAUGA